AGGAAGCCCAGCGGAGCCCCGAGCAGGAGCCCCGAGCCGAGUGCAAAUCGUGACCACCUAAUCAGGCAGCAAACAAUAGCCCAACGCAAUGUCCGAGAACAAAGGCAGCGACAAGAAUGGAGGAGCUCCGGCGGCAGGCGGCAGCCAAGUGCCGCCGCCCCAAUACAUCAUAACCACGCCCAGCGAGGUGGACGCCGAUGAGGUGAGAUCGAUGGCCGACUUGGAGCUCAGCUCGCCCAGCGAUGACAAUGUCUUUGUCGUGGGCGAGCACCAGCAGAUGCUGCUGCAGCAGCAGCAGCAGACGAAGCUAAUGCACACACAGAAAUACAGCCAGACGUCGAGCACGUCGAGCACCAGCAGCAAGUUGGCGACACGCUCCUAUUCCGUGACCAGCAGCAGCAGCAGCAGUGCUGCUGCCACCGCCGCUGCCGCUGCCGCCGCCGCCGCCACCACAGCCACAGCCACAGCCGCAACGACCAUACAGCACAGCCAGCAGAAGAUCAUGUCGAGCAGCACGCGCAGCCAGAGCCUGCAGUCGAGCGCCAUUGUGGGCGAGCAGAGCGGCCAUCUGCUGAGCACGGCAGCGGCGCUGGCGCAGCAGCUGAAGGCGCAGUCGUCCACCUCGAUAAUUACCAGCGAGCAGCGCAGCAGCAGCAGCACCAGCAGCAGCACCACCCGGUACGUCAGCUCCACCACACAGGGCACCAGCAGCACCACCGGCGUCAGCAAGUCCAAGUUCCAAAGCUUCCUGCAGCAGCCGGAGGCGCACGGCUUUCUCACGGCCCACCAGAAGCACGUCCGUCAAUUUGUGCGCUCCACCUCCGCCCACUCGGAGGCGGCGGCGAGCGUUACGCCCGUGAGCGGCGCUCGGCCAGAGAAGUGCAUACGCAGCGCCUCCACGCAGAUCGAUGAUGCGUCGGCGGCCAGCGGCGAUGCCGAGACCGGCAUACAGAUGUCCAUGUCCAAGCUGGGACUGCAGCAGUCCUCCUCGAUCCUCAUAUCCAAGUCGGCCGAGACCAUCGAGAUGAAGAGCAGCUCCUCGUCGGCGGGCAUGCGCACCCAGCUAACGCUCAGCGGCGGCUUCCUGGCGCCGCCCAAUCGCAAGAUCACCAUACUAAGCCCCAUCCAUGCCCCGCCGGGCCUCCACGACAUGCUCAAGCGACCCGGACGCUCGCCCCUGUCGCCGCGCAUCAGCUUCCCGGGCAGCGAGGCGGAUCUCUUUGGGUAAGUUAAAGACAAGCUCGCCCUUAAAUCUUACUCUGAUUGAAGCUGCUAUUUUCUGAUUAACUUUGGAGGCGUUUUGCACAACAGCUGCUUGUCGACUACCCACAAAGAAGGGGCGUGGUGCGGCGGGCGUGUCUGUUGGGGGCAGCAACGGCGCCCGGGCCCCAAGCUGUGGCCGUUUCUCUUAUCAAGUGCAACAAGCACA